AUGGAUGUGGAAGCGUGUGCACACGCUCUGCUGCAAACCUCUCUUUACGUGAACGCAACUUCUGUGUCCGCGACAAACCUUACGCGGCACAGCCAUGAAAGAGGCACCAGCUAUGCUGACCAUCACAUCCAUUUUUUUGCCUCAUCCCAGAUUGGCGAAGGUAUCAUUGUUUCUGGCAUUGUGAUUUUAGUUCUGGGCUUGACCCUGAUGCUUCUUCUGCAUUCGCAUGGUCCGGAGAGGAUGAAAAACGAGGAGGUCGAGCUGCCCUGGAUCACGGUCUGCUUGGUGGUCCUCUUAUGCACUGGUGCAAGAGAUUUCAUCACCUCCAAUCUCCCGACCAUCGGAAGGGAUCUACAGGCUCUCCCACAGGUCGUGAACUUGUCAAUGGAGCUGAACUGGAUCGCAGCUGCCAUCUUCUCCUUGCUCUUCGGCUUCCUAGCUUGUCUUGGGCGGCGGCCUCUGAUUUUGUUGAGCUUCCUGAUUUUCUACUUCUCGUCCAUCGCCGCAGCCCUCGCGCCCAACGUGCUUUGGCUCAUCGUGCUGCGCGUCGUGCAGGGCAUGGGCGAAGCAGGACUGGCCGUGACGGAGAUCGUGGUGGCAGAUGUCUACCGGGAAAAUGCGGAUGAGAGGGCGUUGGCCUUCGCGAGGAUCGGCAUGAUGUUGGGGCUUGGCAGUGUGGGCGCGCCAUUGGUAGGUGGGCUCUUGGCUUAUGUGGCAGGCUGGCGCGAUAUUUUCCUCUACUUGGCUCUUUGUGUCAUGGUGGUGGGCUGCGGCAUCAAGCUCUACUUGCCUGAAACCAAAGAGAUUGGAUCUGUGAAGGUGGACAUGAAACCCAAACCAAGCCCAGAAAGUAUGUACAGCUUGGCCUCCAGUACCAGUGCAGCCUUCCUGGAAGAUGCACGGCCUUUUGCAUAUCUAUUGAUGAAUAUUGGGGUCGAAUCGACCUGCUUUUCAUUUUUGACCAACUUGGCUUGGAUCCUUCAACUGGAAAAACCCAGUGGCUACGGCGUUGCCCCUCUGAACUCCAAUGUGCUUUGCUGCACCAUCAUGCCCGCCUACUUGGUGGCCUCCUUCGCUUCGCUGAGAGCUGGCAGCAAUGCUUCGGUUUGCCUGAGGAUUGGUAUCUCGCUCAGCCUCUUGGUGGGCAUCUGCUGGAUGGUCUUCGCGCAUGUCAUCCAGGACAGUUUGUUGCUCUUCAUGCUAUCAGGGAUUCUGCUUUUUGCUGGCUUCGGUCUCUCCAAUGGCGCUCGGCGGGCUUAUUACCUCGAGCCCUUGCCGAGUAUCGAGGCUGGCGUUGGCGUGGCCAAAUUCCUCGAGCCCUGCGUGUCUGCGGUGAUCACCGCCUUCAGUGGGAAGAUGUUGGUAGAUGAUGGCGUCAUCUGCUGGUUAAUCUUCCAGGGUUUUUGGAUUGUGCUGUGCGACUUCUUUUGGUGGAUCAUGAGGGCCUGGAGCUUUUUCCGCUGA